AUGAAGUAUUUAAUUAACAUCAUUGCUGGCUUGGGUGUUGUCGCCGCAGUGCCUCUACAGCAUCGCGCCGCAGCAACUUAUUUUUUCACAUUUGGUGAUUCUUAUACUCAGUCCAACUUCGAUGUAGAUGGCACCCAGCCGUCUGCCGGAAAUCCCAUGGGAAAUCCAACACUUGGAACUGGCACGACAACCGGUGGCAUAAAUUGGGUCGGAGACCUAACCACUGUGAACAAUGCCUCUCUAGUUCUCAGCUAUAACCUCGCCGUUGGGGGAGCGAGCAUCGACAAUUCAAUCGUCAAUACCAAUGUCAAAGAUAUGACAACGCAAGUCGACGACUUUGUGCAGGCGUACGGUGACAAGCCUGAAUCGGCGCCGUGGUCUUCCGAAGAUGCGGUCUUUGGGUUUUGGAUUGGGAUUAAUGAUAUUGGCUGGGCUUACUCGAGCAACCAAGCUAGUGAUCUAGUUCCGACCUUGAUGGCGCAGUACAAGUCUCUGAUAGAGAAGAUCUACGCUAAGGGCGGACGGAAGUUCCUUUUCCUCAACGUCCCUCCUACCAGCCGGGCUCCCAUGUUCCUUGCCCAGGGGACCGACGUUGUUGAUGCGCAUGCAGCGUGGGUCACCUCUUACAACAAUGGUCUUGAGGAAAUGAUUGACGACUUUAAAUCAAAUCACUCUGGUACAACCACUGUUCUCUACGAUAGCUGGUCUUUUAUGACCAAGAUUCUCGACAAUCCUCAAAGCUAUGAAUUCCCAAAUGCAACCUGUAUCAAUGACGAUGGCACGAGCUGUGUUUGGUGGAAUGAUUAUCAUCCUGGUCAGAAGUAUCACAAGCUGCAGGCGGCGGAUAUGAAACCGCAUCUGCAGACUCUCGGGGCCUGGUAG